AGAGAUGUGAUGAUGAACCUUCAUCAGUUUGCUAAGAGCCGAAGGACUAUCUAAAACAGUUUUAAUUUUUACUCUACGACUUGCGAUACGCAUUAACUGGAACACGAGAUGAGAACGUGGAUUAUCCUGGUAGCGUGCAGUGUAGCCGCUGUGACCGCCUCACCUCGGUACAAGCGGCGAGCAUACGAUCUUCCAGAUGGAGCUGAGUUACUUGUUGGAAAUAUUCAAACUACGUUUUCGUGCCCUGGGGAUGGCUAUUAUGCUGACGUGGACAACGACUGUAAGAUAUUCCACGUUUGUCAUACGGUCACUCACGCUAAUGGUAAAUCGGAGGUUCAACAGUGGAGUUUCCUGUGUGGAAACCUUACGUUUUUUAACCAGUUGACCCUAACCUGCGGUUUUGCAGAUGAAGUGGUACCGUGUGUUAACUCUACAUACUUUUUUUAUGUUAAUGGUAACAUCGGCCUUGAAGACACUCUCUUCCUGACAGAGCAGGACAUAGAAAAGGCAGCUCCGUCACUGGGAAGAAGUCUUCCGAUAUCCAACAGGAAGCCUCGUAUAGAAGAUUCUGCUUCUGUCCUUGCUCCUGCUCCUGUCCCUCUCCCUGCUUCUCCUCCUCCAGAGAAACAACCAGAAGUAGUAGUUGUAAGCGAAACAACAGAAAAAGAGGAACCGCAAGAAGAAAACGGCGAAUAACGUUAGAUAGAAAAGCAGGCAUGGAAAAAAUAUAUAAAAAAGAGCAAGAUUUCUCUGCUUGGUGGCUUAGGAAUUGGUGAAUAUCAAGAAAUGGGUUUUGAUCUUUUAAUUACAUUAAUCUUGGUGGAGGAGGGAAGCACGCUGACUAACUUAUAUAGAAUAUUUUGUUAUUAUACGCGAGAAGU